AUAAAAGUCACAGGAUGGCAGCAUAGUUAGCUGGCCACACGUUUUUAUAUUCAUUUCCAUUUUGAUUUUCUGUACUUUCUCUUCUUACUUCAUCGAUUCCUCCAGAACAAAUUCCUCAUUAUUGGAAUUGUUUUUUCUCUCCUAUUUUUUUUAACUUCACAUUCAUUUUACCCUCCCAAAUUUAUUUCAGAUUUUUCCUCUAUCUCAUAUUACGCCACAAAAUCCUCAUACUCACGUAUAAAUCCACACAUUUUGCUUCAUAGUACAUCACUGUUUUCAGAUUUUACAGGUUCAUUUUUGUUUUUUUCUUUACUUUGUAAUACUUUUCCAUAAACUUUUUCUUUCCGGCACCGGUCACCGGCCCGGCGAUCUUUGUUUUUUUUUGGUUCACGUGAAUACUAAGAUUUUGAUUAAAGGGUUGUUGGGUUGGAUUUUUUCUUCAACCAAACGCCAUUGAUUCCUCUAAAAAAGGAAAAAAAGAAAAAGCUGAAACAAAGCUUUUUUGGUUUUUUCCUUUGUUUUUUUCUUUGUUUUUGUGUUUGUAUUCGUGUGGAUUGGUCGUGUAAUGAAUAAGUCAGUGUUUUUGUAUAAAAAGAGAUUUGGGUGGCUAAGAUUUCUGUGACAGAAUCAAAGAUCUACAUCUUGUUUUGGUUUCACAAAAAAUGAUGAAGAUGAAGAACGUGACGAAUCAUAAUGGAGGUUCGGUUCCCGAACCUAGAGGCUUGGAGUGGGAGAUGAGACCAGGAGGGAUGUUAGUUCAACGCCGAACCUUAGACUCGGAUCGAGACUCGGUUCCUCCACCGACAAUUAGAAUUAAGGUUAAAUUUGGUUCCACCUAUCAUGAAGUCAACAUUAGUUCACAAGCAACGUUUGGUGAAUUGAAGAAAAUGUUAACCGGUCCAACUGGGUUACACCACCAAGACCAAAAAAUAUUUUAUAAAAACAAGGAGAGGGAUUCAAAGGCAUUUCUUGACAUAGUAGGAGUUAAAGAUAAAUCAAAGUUAGUGGUGAUGGAGGAUCCUAUUGCUCAAGAGAAGAGGUACUUGGAAAUGAGAAAGAAUAUAAAGAUGGAAAGGGCUGCAAAAUCUAUUUCAGAAAUUAGCUUGGAAGUAGAUAGGCUUGCAGGGCAGGUGUCUGCUCUUGAAACAAUAAUUAGUAAAGGUGGGAAAGUUGUGGAGACAGAUGUGCUUAGUUUGAUUGAGAAAUUGAUGAAUCAAUUGCUUAAGCUGGAUGGUAUAGUGGCUGAUGGGGAUGUUAAAUUGCAGAGGAAAAUGCAGGUAAAAAGAGUACAAAAGUAUGUUGAAACUUUGGAUAUGUUGAAAAUUAAGAAUUCUAAUGGAGGUCAUGUCCCAAAGAAGAAGCCUCAACAAAAAGUAAAAUUGCCUCCAAUUGAUGAGCAACUAGAAGGAAUGUCUAUUGGGAAUCAUAAAUUACAACCAAGUUUGGAGCAACAGUCACAAAGGAACUCAAACGGGAAUUCUCAAGUAUUUCAGCAGCUGCAGCACAAACCCUCUACGAAUUCUACCUCAGAAGUUGUAGUUACUACAAAAUGGGAGACAUUUGAUUCUCUACCACCAUUAAUUCCUGUCACUUCAGCAUCCUCAUCAAGCUCAUCCACUAAUAAUUCAGUUCAUCCCAAAUUCAAAUGGGAACACUUCGAGUAAUUAGUGCAGUGUUUAUGAUUGUGUGGAUGUGUUUUGGGUUUGUUUUCCACUUGGAGUGUUAUUAUAUUUUGAAUUAUACAUUCUUUUCUGUAUUUAGAUUUGUUUAGCAACCCUUUAGUCUGUCAUUUACAUCACCAGCAAUAAAUGGGGUUGCUAUGAUAGGGAUUAUUAUCAUAAAAUAGUUUUUCUUCUUCUCUCUCUGUCCUCCAAAUACAUUUGAUAUUUUGGACUAAUUUUGCUUAUAUUUUGUUACAAAAGUGAAGUACUGGUUAUCACUUGUUUCGA